UGCCAUGGAAAACCAGUACUCCCUUCUGUAUCUCUCUCUUUUGCUUAGUUUCUCAUUGCUUCAUGAACAUAUUGCCUACGCUGCAGGAACCAAUGAUGGGUCGGAGCACUGGGGAUAUGUUGAAGUUCGACCAAAGGCCCACAUGUUUUGGUGGCUUUAUAGAAGUCCAUGUAGAGUUGAAGAUCCAUCCAAACCAUGGCCAACAAUUCUCUGGCUCCAAGGAGGACCUGGAGGCUCUGGGGUUGGUUUUGGAAAUUUUCUAGAAAUUGGUCCACUGGAUGCAAAAUUGAAUCCACGGAAUUCAACUUGGCUCCGAAAAGCUGAUCUUCUUUUUGUGGAUAAUCCAGUGGCCACAGGCUUUAGUUUUGUGGAGGAUAAGACCUUGGUGGUUAAAACUGAUGAAGAGGCAGCUGAAGAUUUAACUACCCUGUUGAAGAAGCUUUUCAAUAGAAAUGAGACCCUCCAAAAAAGUCCUUUGUACAUUUUUGCAGAGUCAUAUGGUGGAAAAUUUGCUGUGACUCUUGGGGUAUCAGCUCUAAAAGCAAUUGAAGCAGGAACAUUAAGGCUACAACUUGGCGGGGUGACGUUGGGAGAUAGCUGGAUUUCUCCUGAAGAGUUUGUGUUCUCAUGGGGACCCCUUUUGAAAGACUUGUCAAGAAUUGACAGCAAUACAUUGAAAAUAUCAAACAGUUUAGCUCAUAAGAUUCGGAGGCAGAUAGCAAAAGGUAACUAUAAAAAAGCAACAGCAUCAUAUGGUCUCCUCCAGAACAUUAUUUCCAAUAACAGCAACAAUGUGGAUUUCUACAACUUCUUGUUGGAUAGCAAAAAUGACCCAGUUACAGGGAAUAGGGGAUCCAAAGGAAAAGAUGUGAUGGGCAAGUACUCAGAAUAUCUAUCCACCAAAAAAUAUUCACCAAGUGGUAAUGAGCAGGACCUUCCUAGAUUGAUGAAUGGACCUAUUAGAAAGAAAUUGAAGAUUAUUCCCAAAAAUGUAACAUGGCGUUUGCAGUCUAUGUUGGUUUUCCAGGCCAUGAGAGGUGAUUUCAUGAGACCAAGAAUCAAAGAGGUUGACCAUCUCCUAGCUAAAGGUGUCAAUGUCACCAUUUAUAAUGGACAGGUUGAUCUACUUUGCUCAACCAAAGGAGUAGAAGCAUGGCUUAAAAAACUCAAGUGGGGUGGCUUGAAAAAAUUCAUGAGCUUGGAUCGUAUUCCUUUAUAUUGCUCAGGAGACAAUACUACAACAAAAGGGUUCUUUAGGUCUUACAAAAACUUGUAUUUUUAUUGGAUUCUUGGGGCUGGUCACUUUGUUCCUGUUGAUCAGCCUUGUGUUUCUUUAGAGAUGGUGGGCAACAUUACUCGAUCACCGAAUUAAUCUUAACUUUACUAAAAUGAAAUAAAUAUUUUGUAACAAAGCUUAAUUUGUGCGUGAAGCUCUAUUAUUUAUACAUAGGAAAGGUGAUAAAUAUAUAUUGUGCAGAUGUGGUAUAUUCUUCUUGGCUUCCCCAUUUGGAAUAGAAAAUUUGUUAUGAAGAGAGACUGAAUUACAUAAAGUUGAUUAAUUUUAUUCAAAUACCUUA